CUUUUUUUCUUUCCUAAAAUGUCAAACCCUGCUAGUGUCAUUCGCUUUUUACAUGUCAUUGAAAACCUCAAAAGAACCAAAAGAACCGGUUGGUUAGACAACGGUAUCAAUGGUGCCGAAUCCAUUUCUGACCACAUGCAUCGCAUGGGUGUCAUGGCCAUGCUCGUCAACGAUCCUUCCAUCAAUCGCGAAAAAUGCAUCAAAAUGGCCAUCGUGCACGAUCUCGCUGAAGCUGUGGUUGGUGAUAUCACACCUCAUGCCGGUGUCAGUAAGGCCGAUAAAUACACCAUGGAAAAGAACGCAAUGGAUGGAUUUAGAGAAUCAUUAGGUAAUACAGACACUGCCAAUGAAAUUGUCGAUUUGUGGCAAGAAUAUGAGGAUGCUUCCACACCGGAAGCUCUCUUCGUAAAGGAUCUUGAUAAGUUUGAAAUGAUUGUUCAAGCUUUGGAAUAUGAAAAGUCUGAUAAAAAGAAUUUGCAAGGUUUCUUUGAUUCCACAAAAGGAAAAUUCGAACACCCUACUGUCAAAGCUUGGGCAGAAGCCUUAUACAAGGAAAGAGAGGAAUUAUGGAAGCAAUAAAUACAGACUUCUCUUUACCAUGGACACUAAUUGUCAUUUAUUAACCAUUCA